AUGGGUGAUCAUGACGUCGCUCUCUGCCAAGUCAGCCACUACAACCAUGCGAAUUACUGGGACUUCGUGCCGCUGCCAACGGUCACCGAUGACACGGGAUGCGAAAGUCUGCGUCAUAACAGCGAUUCCGAAAGGAUAAGAAUGGCGCCGCCGCCGUCCGCAUCGAAGGCGGGCGCGGCCGAGGAGCGCCUGCCCCCCUGCGAGAGGCGUCUAUUGGAUCAGUACCACAUCCACCUCCAACCCGCCAACCGCAACCCGCUGAGCCGAGCCGAUUCCGCUGCUGGUCGAAAGGAGGCGGCGGAGACCCCCGCGCAGGUGCAGAUGAUGGCUUGUGUUGCUGCUGCGGACUCGACUGCGGAUCAGCACGCCCCUGUUGCAGCCACUCAGGACCUCGUGGACCUCUUCUUUCUUGAGGGCAGCCAGGCCGUCGACGGUCUGUGCUUCUCGCCCUACCCCAUCUACGGCUGGCGCACGGCCGAAGAGCGCCGGGCUGCCGUUUGUGAGGUGUUCAAGGCGUACAACGUGGUCACGCGCCUGCCCGCCUCGCCGGCUGCCCUGGCCGCCGCGCAGCGCCGCGACAGCCGCCACCAACACUCCGCCAUCGCCCCCAUCAACAAGAGCGUGAUCGAGACGCGUGAACAGUACUGGCGCCGCCUGUCGAACCUGUACAUCCAGAAGGGUGUAAAAGAUGCUGCUGCUGCCGCCGACGCUGCGACUACGACGGCGACGAACGGUGCCGUCCCCGCUGCCCCCGCCUACGAACCCGAGGAUCCGUUCUACAUCAUCGACCUCGGCCGUGUUGUGGAGCAGAUGGCGCGCUGGCGUCACGAGCUGCCGAUGGUGCGCCCUUACUUUGCCGUGAAAAGCAACCCGCAACCGGCUGUUUUGGAGGUGCUCAGCGCCCUCGGCGCCGGCUUCGACUGCGCGUCCAAGGAAGAAAUACAUAUGGUGCUAGGUCGCCACCUCGUGGCGUCGCCGGACGACAUCAUCUUCGCCAACCCGUGCAAGCAGCUCGGCGACCUGUGUGAGGCGCAGGCGUGCGGCGUCACCUACGUGACGGUGGACAACCCGCUGGAGAUGGAAAAGAUCGGUCGCCUGAUGCCCUCCGCCCACGUGAUCAUCCGCAUCAAGACGAACGACAGCAAGGCCCAGUGCUGCUUCUCCACCAAGUUCGGUGCCCCCCUUGAAGAUGUCGAUGGCCUACUGAAGGUGGCCCGCCAGCUCAACGUCGCCGUGUGCGGCGUCAGCUUUCACGUCGGCAGCGGCAACGACGACCAGUCUGCGUACCUGUCCGCGGUACGCGACGCCUACCACGUCUUCCAGCAGGCAGCCCAGUACGGCUUCAAGUGCACCCUCCUCGACAUCGGCGGCGGCUUCCCGGGCACAGAGGUCGUCCAGGGCAGCGGCAAUACCUCUUUCGAGAUCAUCGCCCGCACUAUUCGACCGGUACUGGCGGAGCUCUUCGGCGGCGGUGAUGUCACCAUCAUCAGUGAGCCCGGCCGCUACUUCACAGCUGCCUCGCACGCGCUUCUCAUGAACGUAUUCGCCUCCCGCACGCUGCGACUCUCCGAUGUCGAGGUGAGUCGCCAAGCCUUCCAGUCCGUCGUGUCGAUGGACGAGCCCGAAGAGUACCAGUACUACGUCAAUGACGGCCUCUACCACAGCUUCAACUGCAUCCUCUAUGAUCACGCCCACCCAACGCUUCUCCUGCUAAACGACGGUGACGGCGCUGACGGAGUGAAGAGUGGCACGGCGGCGGCAGCGGUGUGCAGCGAGGAGGAGGGCGGGAUGUCGCUGAGCGGUCCCCUGGUGAACGACCCACUGUUCGUGUCCGCCUGGGACCGCCGUCGCAGCUUCGCGCGCCGCCCGCUGCGCAUGACAACCAUCUUCGGCCCCACCUGCGAUUCGAUGGACUGCAUCCUGAAGAAGCAGCCCUUCCCGGAGAUGAAGCUGGGCGACUGGCUUCUGGUGCCAGACAUGGGCAGCUACACCACCGCCGCCGCAGGCUUCUUCAAUGGUUUUGCGACACGCCGCCGUGAGUGGGUGAGCUCUGUGAACUUGUGCGCGAGGCCGAAGCCUGUGUAUACACGUGAGGGCAACACGCUGAGGUGUAUGAGCGAGUGA